CUUCAGCGGCUGCUACAGAGCGUGUAUUUGCUUGCCGCAAGAUGCGAGUGGCUGACGUGCUUGCCGUCGCCUUUGGCGUUUCGGUGCUCACUGAGGUAGCCUACUUUAUUUAUAUCAAGGUGACGGCCAAGAAAAAGCGGCACCUGAGCAAGAAGGCAGCUGCCUUCGGCAACCAGGUUAUCUUUUUUCCGGAUCGUGGCGUAGCGUGCCCCAAAGCGACGCACGAUGAUUCCGACACGUGCGGCAACCCGCAGUGCUGCUUCCUGCACGGCCGCACCUCGCUCCGCACGCUGGUGCACACGCUCACGUCCGCCGAGCGUACGCUCGACGUGUGUGUUUACAUGAUCACCUGCGACACCCUGGGCGACGCCAUCAUCGGCACGCACCAACGCGGCCGCGCCGUCCGAGUCAUCACCGAGGCGGAGGGAUCCGACACGCCGGGCUCCCAAAUCGGCCGGCUGCGCGAAGCCGGCAUACCCGUGCGGGUCAACAACCAUUCAUCGUUCUUGAUGCACCACAAGUUUGCACUGGUCGACCGGGAGCUGCUCAUCAGUGGCUCGUUCAACUGGACUCGCCAGGCCAUCACAGGCAACCAUGAGAACCUAAUCAUGACAAGCGAGCCGGACCUCGUGGAUUCGUACACGCGUGAGUUCACUCGGCUGUGGGAGCUGUUCAAGCCACGGCCUGUACAGAACAACGUAGGGCACCACAACGCGGAUGUAUGGUGACCCAGAGUGCCCGCAUAGACCUCAAGCGGGAACGUGCUGCACCCACUGGCCAAAGUUGGCGCUGCCUGAUGGCCAAGGCGUGCACACGCUGUCACACAAGCAGCAUUAAUCACUUGUAUAUAUCGCAUAUGUGUAUCAUAGUAUCUCAUGUUAAGGCAGACGACCAUUGUUACGUGUCUCAUUUGGCCACUUAUGGAAUGUUAUAAACCAGUUGCCACUGCGAUCUCACGUUAAUUAUGUCAUACCAAUAAAGUUGUUUCCAUCCAUA